CACGUCCUGCACUCUUGAGUCUUGAUUUUGCAGUUGCAGAGGAGUUCCAUCACCACGAAACUCGGGUCAUCGUAGGUUUUCCGUCAACCGGCUAGUCUCAGACUUAGAGAUUUCUCCACGGAGAGGGCCAAUUUCGCUCCCUCUCUUUGUCGAUACCACUGAUGGAUCUUAUUCAAGCGUACAAACAGGAAGACCAACCUGACGGCGAGAAGGCAGAGCAAAAUGAUGAAAACCCUAAUUCAUCACCAGACUCCUCCCCGCCGCGCCUACUUCUAGCAAAGUCCUCAGCCCCCAAGGUGGAUGACACGAUGCUCGCCCUUAGUGUGGCGCAGGCUCACCAGACGCAUUCUAAGCCAAUAGACCCGGUUCAUCACACUGUCGCCUUCAACCCUACCUACGACCAGCUUUGGGCUCCUAUAUAUGGUCCUGCCCAUCCUUAUGCGAAGGACGGCAUUGCCCAGGGUAUGCGCAACCACAAGCUUGGCUUUGUAGAGGACGCCGCCAUUGAUUCUUUUGUCUUCGACGAGCAGUACAACACCUUCCACAAGUAUGCCUACGCUGCUGAUCCCUCCGCUUCUGCUGGAAACAAUUUUGUCGGCGAUUUGGAGGCCUUGAACCAAAACAACGGUAUUUCUGUCUAUAACAUCCCACAACAGGAGCUUAAGCGUCGGAAGUUGGAGAAGAAGGAAGAGGACGAAGAUGAGGGUGAUAAUGGAGAUGUUGACGCUACAGAGGUUGAGAAUCCCGCAACCGAUGCGUGGUUACUCAAAAACAAGAAGAGUCCAUGGGCAGGCAAGAAGGAAGGUGUGCAAGUGGAGUUAACGGAAGAGCAGAAGAAGUAUGCUGAGGAGUAUGCCAAGAAGAAGGAAGAGAAAGGACAGGGCGGUGACAAAGGAGAGGUCGUUGCUGAUAAGAGCACUUUCCAUGGCAAGGAAUUAAGGGAUUAUCAAGGAAGGUCAUGGAUUGCGCCCCCUAAGGAUAAGAAAGCCACCAACGAUCAUUGUUAUAUACCUAAGAGGUUGGUGCACACUUGGAGCGGGCAUACAAAGGGAGUUUCUGCUAUUAGGUUCUUCCCCAAGUAUGGACAUUUAAUUCUCUCUGCUGGGUUGGAUACCAAGGUGAAAAUUUGGGAUGUGUACAAUUCAGGUAAGUGUAUGAGGACUUACAUGGGGCAUUCAAAGGGAGUUCGUGAUAUUUCGUUUUGCAAUGAUGGGACUAAGUUCUUGACUGCUGGGUAUGAUAAGAAUAUUAAGUACUGGGAUACAGAAACAGGGCAGGUGAUAUCUACUUUUUCGACUGGAAAAAUCCCAUAUGUUGUUAAACUAAAUCCUGAUGAGGAUAAGCAGAAUAUUCUGUUGGCUGGUAUGAGUGAUAAGAAGAUUGUGCAGUGGGAUAUCAACAGCGGGCAGAUUACUCAGGAAUAUGAUCAACAUUUGGGGGCCGUGAAUACUAUUACAUUUGUGGACAAUAAUAGAAGAUUUGUUACUUCUAGUGACGACAAGUCUCUUCGAGUGUGGGAGUAUGGGAUUCCUGUGGUUAUAAAGUAUAUUAGCGAGCCUCACAUGCACUCUAUGCCGGCAAUUUCUCUUCAUCCCAAUACAAAUUGGCUUGCAGCACAGAGCUUGGACAAUCAAAUUCUUAUCUAUAGCACCAGGGAAAGAUUUCAGCUGAAUAAGAAGAAGAGAUUUGCUGGGCAUAUUGUGGCUGGAUAUGCUUGCCAAGUCAACUUCUCACCUGAUGGACGUUUUGUUAUGUCAGGAGAUGGGGAGGGUAAAUGCUGGUUUUGGGAUUGGAAGAGUUGUAAGGUUUUCAGAACUGUAAAAUGUCAUGAAGGGGUAUGCAUUGGAUGUGAGUGGCAUCCACUGGAGCAGAGUAGAGUGGCAACAUGUGGCUGGGAUGGCUUGAUUAAGUACUGGGACUAGCUGCUGAUGAGCUUGAUAUGGCAAGGGGUUCCCACAAAACAGUGUUACCGGAGGUUUCUCAUGACUUGGAUUUCAUUGUUGAAAAGUGUGCUUGGUCCAGAAUGCAGAAAUGUAUGAGAUGCAACUGCAAUUGCGGCAAUAGCUCCUGUGAGUUUAUUUCAUCUUAGUCGUCGUCAAUGCUCCAAUGCAGGAAACAUGUAUCACACAUUUUGUAGACGCUUCAAGAUAGGUGACUUUAAGGAACUUAACGUAUUGAGGUUCUAAGCAGUUUCACUGUCAAUGGUUAGUUUUUUCCCCUAAUACCCAAUAAUUGUUGUCGCCUUUGCUGCGUCGUAAUUGUUUUGUAUCUAAUAAACUUAAUCAAGUUUAUGCUUAAUAGCAACCAAAAACUAGCUUUUCUUUGUUUUGUA